AAAUUGUAUUUUAAUUUUUUUUUAUCUUUUUUUUUUUUAUUCUCAAUUUUUUUUUUCUUUCUUUAGAACAAAAGAAAUUUUAAAUGCUAAAGCAGGAUUUUUAGCGCAGUAUAAAAUUACAAAAUUAUAAAUUUUUAUAUUUACCCUCAUUUAUAUAUCAUUAGACAUUCAUCUCAUCCCCAGUAUUUAUAUCAUUACCUAUUAAAUAUCUUACCGUCAUGAAACGUUUUAAUGUUAUUAAUUAUAAUAUUAAUAGAGAAAGUAUUAUAGAUUUACCGGAUAUUCAUCAUUCUCUUAUAAUCAUACCUGAAACACUUUAUGAAAAUUCUGAUAUAAUUUCAACAAAUUCUGAUAACAAAUCAACUAUUGUUGUUCCUACAUUUAAAAUAGAAGAGGAGGAAGAGGAGGGAGAAGAAGAAGAAGAAGAAGAAGAAGAAACGGUACAAUCAAAUGAUGACCAAUUUGUUGAAUCAAAUGAUAAAUCAAGAGAAGUAAAUGAUGAAAAAUCAAAAAAUUUCAGUGAUAUUGAUUUAUGUGAAACUAAACAAAAAAAUUCUUUCUCUGCGGUAAGACCAUCGCUUACAAUUGACACAUCUUCAUUACCAGUUUCACAUGUUAAUAACGAAAUAUCUAGUAAAAGAAAACAUGAUUUUGAUUGUUUAUUUUAUUUAAAAAGUAAUAAGAUUAGAUUAAUAAUUCUUUCUUUAAUUAUAAUUAUUGCAGUAGUUAUAAUUGUUGUUGUUCUAGUAAAAAAAUGAUAUAAAAUAAUAUCUUAGUUUUUUCUUCUUUUCUUUUCGCCUCUUUUUAAUAUAUAUUUUUUUUUAAAUUGUAAUGUAUAUAAUAUUUAAUUUUAAUUAUUAUU